AUGGCGGAGAAGAAAAUGAAAUCCAAGGAGCUGAAGCGCAAAAACAUCAUGGACUCCAUCCAACGAAUAGACGAUUUCCUGGGGAACUUCGAUGCAGAGCGUGACCAAAACGAGAUAGCGAUUCGGUUGAGCAGGCUCGAUAAAUUGAUGGAGGCAUUCGAGUCCAUCCAGGGCGAAUACGAGGCAUUCGACGAUUCUCCAGAAUUUGAGGCGGCAAAUACAAAGGUAAGGGCUAAGGUGGAAGAACAAUAUUUCCGGGUGAAAGGCGGUCUAAUGUCGAAGGAUACUCCCCCUCCCAACCCAGUGCAACCGUUAAUCCAGCAAGUGGCACCCGCCAUUGCUCAUGUAACCGGAGUGAAACUUCCUACCAUCGAACUUCCACGGUUCGACGGCGAUUUGAAUGAUUGGUUAACGUUCCACGACUCGUUUUCCUCCUUAAUUCAUUCCUCGCCAGAAAUACCUUGCGUUCAAAAGUUUCAAUACUUGCGAUCGGCUUUGCGAGGUGACGCAUUAAAGCUGAUUGAGUCCCUAACGAUUACUGCGAACAAUUAUGCCAUUGCAUGGGGGUCGCUGCUUGAUCGCUACUCCAAUCCUUAUCUCCUAAAGAAGAAGCACUUGCAGUCGUUGAUGGUCCAUACAAAGGUCUCGGGCAAGUCGCCGUCCGCACUUCGGAAUGUGGUGGAAGAUUUCCAGCGGCAUGUAAAGAUCCUCAACCAGCUGGGUGAGCCGACAGCGCAGUGGUGCAGUCUUCUUGUUCAGCUACUGUGUGCUCGGAUCGAUGACAGCACUCUGAAAGAAUGGGAAGAAUUUGUUUCCGGUAAUGAAGAUCCAACCUAUCAAAACCUAAUCCAAUUCCUAACUCGGAAGAUUCGUACCUUGGAAUCGUUACACAUUUCGGCUGAGCAAUCCUACUCUUCUCCUCAAGCAAAGCACUCUCCCCCUGUCAGGCAAUCGAAGCAGCAGUCUACACCUCCGAAGAUCAACUCCUUCUCUGCGAUGGAACAUGCACAACCCAGCUGCUUUGCAUGUAGCGAUUGUCAUCCUCUGGUAAAAUGUCCGGUGUUUGAGAAGAUGCAGCUGAAGGACCGUCUGAAUUUGGUGAACACCAAACGUGUUUGCAGCAACUGCUUCAGGAGCAAUCAUUUUGCAAGGAACUGCUCCUCCAAUUUCUCCUGUCGGCAUUGUCAGAAGCGGCAUCACACCCUUCUGCAUCCAGGUUUUGAUUCUCCAGUGGCGGGGAAUUCCAGCUCCAGCAUCCAAUCCAAUCGAUCGGGCCCAUCCUCUGCUAAAUCCAGUACUGCGAAUGGUGAUGUAGCUGCGAACUUGACUGGAGGUGCUAACGCGAUAUCAUCCAACUCGGUCGUUGAACCCCGCGGCGUAAACGUGUUCCUCUCGACCAUCGUCGUCAAGGUUGUAGACGGUUAUGGGAACGAACAUUCGGCACGAGCUUUAUUGGACAGCGGAUCGCAAUGUAGCCUCAUGAGCGACCGACUUUGUCAGCAACUUCGUUUGGUUCGGCAUCGUAUUGAGCAACCUAUCCUCGGUGUUGGUGAGUCCCAAAUUCGAGCAGUUUGUUCGGUGAAUACCGAAGUUCGAUCGAGAUUCGGAGAAUUUUCCAUCCCUCUCAACUGCCUGGUGCUCAAGAAAUUGACCUCCGAUCUACCUGCUGUGAUGAUCCCAAUAUCCAACUGGAGUAUCCCCAAGCAUAUAACUCUCGCUGAUCCAGAGUUCAAUGUGCCCCGCAAGGUGGAUCUCAUCAUUGGUGCGGAACAUUUUUAUGCGAUCCUACAGGGUGGCCGGUUGCAACUAGGUCCGCAAGCACCAACCCUCGUCGAGAGUAGAUUUGGCUGGUUUGUUUCGGGAAAGGUUUCCUACGCGUCAAUCCCCCAAGCCUUGGUAUGCUGUACGUCCACCCUAGAGUCACUGAACCAGAAUAUCGAGAAAUUCUGGAAACUAGAGGAAUUAGACAAACCCCUUCCUUCACCCACCGAGCAACGUUGUGAGAAUUUCUACAAGGAAACAGUUUCGAGGAAAGCAGAUGGUAGAUAUGUCGUCAAAUACCCCAAGAAGGACAAUUUCCAAACUAUCAUCGGGGAAUCGUUUCUUACUUCCAAGCGGCGACUAGAAGGUUUGGAACGAAGGCUAGAUAGUAAUCCCAUCCUGAAGGAGAGGUACCAUGCAUUCAUCGCUGAAUUUAUUGAGCUGGGGCAUAUGCGGGAGGUACCUGAUGGCGAACCAGAACCACCCACUGCUUGCUACAUUCCUCAUCAUGCGGUUCAGAAGGAAUCCAGUUCGACGACCAAGGUGCGGAGCGUUUUCGAUGCAUCCGCUAAAACGAGCUCGGGGUUCUCCUUAAACGAUGCACUACUCGUCGGUCCGGUCAUCCAGGAUGAACUGCUGGACAUCGUCAUCCGUCUCCGUAGGCACAAGGUCGUUCUGCUGGCCGAUAUUGAGAAAAUGUACCGGCAGGUAGAAAUCCAUCCCGACGAUCGUCCUCUGCAGCGUGUGUUGUGGCGGUUCAACAAAAGCGAUCCGAUUACCAAAUACGAGAUGACCAGAGUGACCUACGGACUAUCCCCAUCAUCGUUUCUCGCAACACGAACACUACUUCAACUUGCCGAAGAUGAAGGCGAUUCGUUUCCCCUCGCAUCGUCGGCACUCAAGCAAGAUUUCUACAUGGAUGAUUUUAUUCGCAGCGAAGAGACUAUCUGCAAGGCAACCCAACUAAGGAAGGAGAUGGAUGAAUUGCUGAGCCGUGGUUGUUUCCCCCUAAGAAAGUGGUGCUCAAAUUGUCCAGAGGUUUUAGAAGGAGUCCCACCUGAGAAUCUGGCCAACCCAUCCAGCCCAACAUUUGAUCCGGACGAAGCGAUAAAGGCUUUGGGAAUUUCUUGGGAACCUGCGACGGACCAAUUUCGCUUCAUCGUUGGCCCUUUUUCGGUAGAUAAACCUAUCACCAAAAGUAAAAUUUUGUCCGUUAUUGCCCAGCUUUAUGAUCCCUUGGGUCUGAUCGCGCCCGUAGUGGUAAGCGCCAAAAUUUUGAUGCAACUACUGUGGACAAUCUCCAUCGAUUGGAAUGACGAAGUACCUGUGGAGAUCCGAACUAUUUGGGAACGUUUUGUGGAGGAUUUGGCCCUACUAUCCGAGUUCCGAAUCCACCGAUUAGCCUUUGACAUGGGGGAAGUGCAACUGCAUUGCUUCACCGAUGCAUCGGAGUCAGCGUAUGGGACCUGUGUCUACGCUCGGACCGUGAAACCCAAUGGCGAAGUGAUGGUGAUGUUACUCGCAUCCAAAUCACGCGUAGCACCUUUGAAGAAGUGCAGCAUACCGAGACUGGAAUUAUGUGGCGCGCAACUAGGAGCUCAAUUGUCGUCGAGAGUUGUCACAGCACUGAAAAUGGAAUCCGUACGCAUCAUCUACUGGACCGAUUCGACGGUGGUACUACACUGGCUUCGUUCACCACCACAGACCUGGAAAACCUUCGUGUCGAAUCGAGUAGCGGAUAUUCACACCAUAACGAACAGUUCGAUGUGGCAUCAUGUACCCGGAGUAGACAACCCUGCCGAUUUGGUGUCCCGUGGAAUGGCCGUCCCGCAGUUUUUGAGCAGCAGUAAAUGGAUCCAUGGACCGGAUUGGUUGGGAGAGGGGGAGGAAACCUGGCCGAAGCUUGCAAUACCGCAAACAACACUCGCCGAUGUAGAGGAUGAGCGCAAGACAACCACACUGUUGACCCAAAAUCUACCACCACUCAACCCUUUAUUUGCCCGUUCGUCAUCGUUCGAUCGACUGCUACGAACAACUGCUUAUUGUUUGCGCUUUGCUCACCAUACCAGGAAAGAAGCAAAACAAACAACUAUCACCCUCAAUCCAAACGAACUCGAUUCUGCCAGAGAUCGUUUGGUAAUGCUUGUUCAAGCCGAAUGCUUCAAGGCAGAGAUUCUUCUGCUCAAAAGAGGAAAGCCAGUUGCCAACAAUUCCAGCCUCAAACUGUUAAACCCUUUUCUGGACUCCUCGGGUAUAAUUCGAGUCGGUGGCCGGCUGAAACUAUCGACUGAAUCGUACACCACCAAACACCAAAUUUUGCUACCUGGCUUCCACAAAUUCACCAGGUUAUUGUUGAUGUCAUACCAUCGCAAAUUGAUACAUGGAGGAGUAUCGCUUACGCUCGGCACCGUUCGUAAUGAGUACUGGCCUACGAACGGAAGAAGAGCAGUGCGCAGCGUGAUUCGUACCUGCUAUCGAUGUACGCGUGCAAACCCUCGUCCAUUGCAGCAGCCCGUUGGUCAACUUCCCCUUACCCGAGUCACCCCAAGUCGCCCCUUUGCUUCCACCGGAAUUGACUACUGUGGACCUGUAUUUGUAAAAACCGCCUACCGCAAGUCCACCCCCACCAAAGCCUAUAUUGCCCUCUUUGUGUGCUUCAGCACUAAAGCUGUACACCUUGAGCUAGUCGGUGAUCUAUCGACAGCCUCAUUCCUCUCAGCUCUCCAACGUUUUGUAGCUAGACGAGGUAAGCCCGAACAUAUCUACUCAGACAAUGCCACUAAUUUUGUCGGGGCAAAAAAUGAGUUACAUGCCUUAUAUCGAAUGCUCUCAAAUACCACCGAAACCGAUCGCAUCUCGUCCGCUCUCGCCACCGAUGGUAUACAGUGGCAUCUAAUCCCACCUCGGGCUCCCAACUUCGGCGGCCUUUGGGAAGCCGGGGUGAAGGUUGCGAAAAAGCACCUACUUCGUCAGUUGGGCAACUCACCCUUGUUGCACGAAGACCUAGUGACGAUCCUAGCGAUGAUCGAAAGCGCAAUGAACUCGAGGCCGUUGGCCCCGCUUUCAGAGGACCCAAACGAUUUUCAAGCCAUCACGCCAAGUCAUUUUUUGAUUGGCUCUUCCCAGCAAGCCCUACCACACCCGGAUAUGAAGGAGGUUUCCGGAAACCGGCUACGAAACCGGUACGACGUCAUCCAGCAGAAACAGCAGCUUUUCUGGUACCACUGGCGGACGGAGUACCUGAAGGAACUUCAACGUCUGUCCACCAGCAACCCAAAGCGAGCCAAUCUGAAGGUUGGCCAAGUGAUGAUCCUGCAAGACAGCUGCCUGCCACCCGUACGCUGGCCCCUCGUUCGCAUAGUGGAACUGCAUCCAGGACAAGAUGGCGUGACGCGUGUGGUGACAGUUCGCACUCCAACCGGUGCGAUAAUGAAGCGAGCAGUGACGAAGCUGUGUCCGUUACCCACAACGGAUGAAGAAGAGACCACCUAUGCAGACGAAUCUCCGACCGCUUCCGGUUCAGGUGACUUCAUUUGA